UCUCCAUUGACUAGUUCCUGGCGUGUCGGUCUUCUCCGCGUCUUCCUUGUAUCAACGCGAGGUGAUUGGGGUUUCCACGAUGAGUUCCCAGAAAGGGAACGUGGCACGUUCCAGGCCUCAGAGACACCAGAAUACGUUUAGCUUCAAAAAUGACAAGUUUGAUAAGAGUAUUCAGACCAAGAAAAUUAAUGCAAAGCUUCAUGAUGGAGUUUGUCAGCACUGUAAAGAAGUUCUUGAAUGGCGUGUAAAAUACAGCAAAUAUAAACCAUUGUCAAAGCCUAAAAAAUGUGUUAAAUGUUUACAAAAAUCAGUGAAAGAUUCUUAUCACAUAAUGUGUAGACGAUGUGCCUGUGAACUUGAAGUUUGUGCAAAAUGUGGAAAGAAAGAAGACAUUGUUAUUCCGUUUAAUAAAGAACGAGAAAAGACAGAAAAUCCUGAAAGUACUCUACGUUCCAGCCAAAGAAGUUACAGAAGAAAUGAAGAAGAGAGUGAUGAUGAUUUAGAUUUUGAUAUUGAUUUAGAUGACACGAAAGACAAUCAAGUGGACUAAUAUAUUAAAAGUCAGUUCGAAAAUGUGAAAUUCUGAACAACUUUUGAAUUUUGAGGGUUUUACACAAAAAUACUGUGAAAUCCUAAUGAGAAAAAUAGCAAAAAUCUGUAUAGAAAACAGGCAAAAUUCACACGUGGACUAUAUAGAUUAUGCAUGAUACUUGGAUAAUUCUAAAACUUUCAUUUAGUGUUUCCUUUAAUACAUUAAAACAUUUUUUAAAAUAUUUAUUUAUGAGACAGAGUGCAAGCAGUA